AACUUCAACUUUGACUGUUUCAAACAUUAUUCAUUUUCUUCGUUUUCAUUUCUUGUUCUGAUUGAAUCAUUAGAUACAGAAUAGCCAUGAAGCAGCCGUGAUAGGAAAAGUAUCUAUUCGCUCUUUUCUUUUUGUAAAGAAAAUUUCCAAAUACCUUUGUUCACAUGAAACAAGAGUACAAAACCAAAAACAGAACCAAAGGUCCAAACUUUUAUUUUGAAAAUAAGAAAGCUCUCAAAGCUCGUUUCCUUAUUAAAGUAAACAGUACAAAAGAGUAUGGUUUUAUGAAGUGAAGAAACAAUAAAAAAGCUUUGCUCAUUUCAUAUUGUUAAGCGUUGCUAUCAAAACCCAUACAGUCCUUUCUUUUCUUUUGUUUGCUUCAAAGCACCUCCCUUUAUGGCCGUUUUCAAGCACAUGAUAACUUUGUUCGUACAGUCAGAGUAAAAAAACCAUCUUUAUCUUAGUCUCGCCCUCUCUACAGAUGUCACAGUCACCUCUGUCACGGAUUUGGGUACAGACGAUUCACUCUUCUUUCUCUCUCUCUCUCUCUCUCUCUCUCUCUGGGUUUUAAUUCAAAAAGCGAAGUUGGUUACCAUUGUCUUGUACGAUCGUAUAUUCCCAAUAUGAUUUGUUUUUGACAGGGCAACUGCUGUAAGAGUGAGUGAGAGAGAAAGAUAUGAUGAUGAGAAAUGGUGAGAGAGUGAAGGAGUUUCUUCGACCCUUUGUCGAUUCCAAAACUUGGGACUUGUGUGUUAUCUGGAAACUUGGUGAUGAUCCUUCUAGGUUUAUCGAAUGGGUGGGAUGCUGCUGCAGCGGUGGUUAUGUUGAUAAGAACAUUAAGCUUGAAAACGCAGAAGGAACGGAGAGAGAAAAGAAAGUUUGUUUCUGCAUAGAUGAACACAACAAGCAUCGUAUAAGAACCUUAGCUUGUGCAGCUCUUUCUCAUUUUCCUCUCUUCAUGCCUCUCUAUCCUGGGAUUCAUGGAGAAGUAGUGAUGUCAAAAUCUCCCAAAUGGUUGGUUAAUUCAGGUCCUGGAUCUAAAAAGGACAUGUUCAACACACGGGUUCUUGUUCCUGUGAGUGAUGGUCUCGUUGAGCUGUUCUCCUUUAAAAUGAAACCGUUUGACGAAACCAUGGUUGAUAUGAUUGUAUCGCGUUGUAACGCCGUCUCUGAACCAUUCCCUGAACAAAGGCUGCAAUUUAGGAUCACUCCUGGAGCAGAGGAAUCUAUGAGUAGCGGUGUGAAUCUCAGCUUUGAAGGUGGCGGCUCAUCUAGCGUUUCCAAUCACUCCAACGAAACUCAGAAUGGUUUUGGAAAUCACCCGAAUGCUCGCUGUGGGGAAGUACAUAGGGAGGAACAAGUGCCAUGUUUGGUAAUGAACAAGGAGGAUCCCGUGGUGCAAAACGCCAUCGCUUGUAAUGCUAAUAAGAGGCUUCCUCAGGAACACUUCAAAUCAAAGAAUCUUCUUUCAGAGAGAAAAAGAAGAGAUAAGAUUAAUCAGGCCUUGUAUGCUCUAAGAGCCGUAGUCCCUAAAAUCACAAAGAUGAACAAAAUUGGAAUUUUCACUGAUGCGGUUGAUUACAUCAAUGAACUGCUAGUGGAGAAGAAGAAGCUUGAAGAUGAGCUUAAAGGAAUCAACGAGAAGGAACACAAAGAAAUCGCUGCAGAGGAAGAAUCUGCAAUAGCUGAUCCAGAAGCUGAAAAACUUUCCUCUAAACUCGACAAGAAAAUGAAGAAAAACGAGGUGAAUCUUCAAGUCCACGAUAUUGGUGAGCGAGAUUUCUUGAUUCGGGUUGGGCAGGAGCAUAAACGAGGUGGAUUUAAGAGGUUGAUUGAAGCUGUAGACUCAUGUGGACUUGAGAUCAUCAACGUCAACUUCAGCAGACAUGAUCUCAUAGCCAUGACAGUUCUCAAUGUCAAGGCGAACAAAGACGGAAUUGCAUAUGGAGAUCUGAGAGAUUCGCUGCUCAAGAUGAUGAUAAAUCAGACAAUCGAUAUGAAAACAUAGUACAUAACCCAAAAAAAAUAGGUCAAAUGUUUUGUUCGCUUCAGCCACAAGUUACUACUGAGAUUUGAUUCUCAACAAGCUUUUUGGUGACAAAUUUACAUUUUGAAACUAUA